GCUACAGCGGAGCAGAACAGAAGUGCGCGAGGCGUUGGUCAGCGGCUGGACUGGAGGCGAUCGCUCGACGGCUGGUGCGAUGGUCCAACGAGCCAGUGUGGUACUCCAGUUCGAAUAGUUUGCAGUAUUUAUCUUAAUCAGUUACAAAUCUUAAUUUAAUUUACGUCUGUUCUAGAUUAAUAUUCAAUCAAGCCGAUCCCUAAGAUGGAGAACGAAACAACUUUCACCUGUAACCAGACUCAGACCAGCACCCCCUCCCCCGGUCCAGUGUCCCCCUCAUCGAGCGCACCCGCCCACCAUGCCCCCCGUUAUGGGACCAUCAUCCCUAACCGAAUUUUCGUCGGAGGAAUCGACUUCAAGACGAACGAGAGUGAUCUUCGGCGGUUCUUCUCGCAGCACGGCGCGGUGAAGGAGGUGAAGAUCGUUAUCGAUCGCGCGGGGGUGUCCAAGGGGUACGGCUUUGUGACGUUUGAGACCCAGGAGGACGCCCAGAAGAUUAUUCAUGAUGCUGAGCGUCUCUCCUUCAGGGACAAGCGGCUGAACAUCGGCCAGGCCAUCCGCAAGCAGCAAGUGGGCCUGCCGCUGAGUGGGUUCUCCAGCUCUGGCGUCGCCCUCCCUGGCUCUGCAGGCACCAUGUACCUCACCACCUCCGCGGGGUACCCCUACACCUACCACAACGGCGUGGCCUACUUCCACACCACAGAGAUCAGCCCCCCCGCCCAGCACUGGCCUCCCCGAUCCAUGUCCGGUUCUCCAGUUAUGGUCACUCACCAGGCCCCGCAGGUCUACCCUCAGCCCACUUACCACCACUACCAGGCUCCAGCACAGUGUGUUCCAGGCCCUCUGCAGUGGAACAUGUCGCAGUCCCCAGUCCCCAGCAGCCCCCUGCUCUAUGUGCAUCCCUCUGAGCUGCUGUACCAGCCCCUGGACCUGCCCUCAGACUGUGUGCUGCCCCCCAUGCCCCUGCUGGAGGCCUCUGUGCCAGAGCCCUACAUUGAUCACAUGGUGCAGCCGGCCUAUCACCAGCUUUAUGCGCAGAGUCCUGGAGGGAUGGGCCCCAUCAUGCAGCAGGACAUGGGAAAGGAACAGAGGUUCCACUGCGUGAGGCGAGGGUUCCCCCUGAAGGCCCGGUACAGCCGCAGCCCCCACUGCCCCCUGUCCCGCAAGGAGUACCGGCCCGACCUGGCCGGCCUGUCCCCCCCGCCCUGCACCGAGCCCCUCAAAUAGGACCAGGGAGCGGUGCUGGGGGGGGGCGGGGGGGUCCAGAGCCGGGCCGCUCGAGCGAUGGGGUGGAGGGAGAGGAAGACUUGGCGACGGCAGUUCGACGUCUGGAUGAAGCGGGCAAGCCUUGAAUCCUUACCCUUGGAGACGUGACCCGCGGGGUCCCCGUCCAGCUGUUUCAAGGCCCGAAGGAUCCACAUCCGUCUGUCCCUGACCCGUCGACACUACACUGAUCCAGCUCCUUACGGCCUGACACCCGAGGUGUCAAUACUGCAGUCGUCCAGCUCGUAAGAUGUCAGUCGUACGCUCAUCCGACUCAUGAGGCUAGACUCCUGAUCUAUCGGCCCUACACUCAUUCGACUCGUCGUCUCCAAACACAUAACUUUGCGCUCCCGUUCAACCAUGAAUGCCGUUCAGAUCUGCGUCGGAAUCAAAACUUAGGGGUUAUUCUCCAAACCUCACAAGCGUUAUUUUAGUCCUGUGAGGAAGCUCUAGCCCCCCCCCCCAUCCCCAGCCUCGUAGUCCAAUACUUGGUUGGUUUAAUAGAUGCCAAAUGCACUGAAUGUUGUACCAACGCCACCUAGAGGCGGUCUUGUGUAAAGACUCUCUCUCUGCCACUCUUAAAACCUGAUUGCCUCUGUCCAACUCCAGUCUUUAUGUUUAGUUCCCUUUUGUUCAGAAGACAAUUUCUUUCACUUUUGUAUUUAUAUUUUAGAGUAGGAGUGUAUAAGAUAAAUUUGAUUUCAUGCCAAUAUUUUAGAUUUUCUUCGUAGAAGCAAUUUGUCUUUUAUUUAAAAAAAAAUGAGACACGGACGUGUCUCUUACCUUUUCCCAUUUUUAUUUCAAAGAUGACCUACUGUAAAAAGGGAUUGUUUACUUUUAAAAAGGCUUUUUGGUAGAAAUUGCAGCAUUGCCCCCUUUUGGGCGGCUGCAGUCAGACCAACGCCUGAGAAACUGACCCACCACAGUACAGCGCCAUCCUUACCCUCAGUUCACAGUGCCAACACCAGGGGGCGCCGUUUUCUUAUUUAUUGCCUUGAGGGUGAAAAGCAGACUAUGAGAACUGAAAACACGUGUGAACUUGCAGAGUGUGUGUGUGUGUGUGUGUGUGUGAGAGAGUGUGAGAGGAAUGUGUGUGCGUGAGAGAGAGAGGAAUUUGUGUGUGUGAGCGGAAUGGUGUGUGAGAGAGAGCAAUGUGUGUGAGAAAGAGGAGUGUGUGUGAGAGAGAGAGAGAGGAAUGUGUGUGUGUGUGUGUGUGUGUGCAAGGACACCUGUUUCCCCCACAGCAGUGACAGCUCUUAAGCUGGCAGGCCUGGCUCUCUCCCUGUGGGCCCGUGCUGUAGAUCCAGGCCCUUACAACACCCUGUCUACCGCAUGCUAAUCCCAGUUUACUCCUCAUCUGAAAAACUGCGACUCCCAUAAUCCCUGGUUAUGACUGCGGAAUGGUUCUCUUCUUCUGUGGUACCAGGUUAGCUCCCUCUCACGCCUCUGUGGAGUGUAUCGUGUAGUCCUCCCGUCACAGAGGGGUUGGUGAGGAUUUCUCCCAUCUCUUGCCCAUCAGACUGCCCCCCCGAAACUUAACCUAGUCAAGCUCGUUAUUGAUCCUCGACUAACUACUUAGCCUGUCAGACUGUACCAGGAUUGAUCCUCAGAUCCUCUUAAUUAAGCUCCCGUUCAUGAUGUUAGCAUUUAAAAACAAGACCAGAGCACUUUUCUAAAAAAAAAAAAUCUCCCGCACCUGGUCUCGUGAUUUUAUUUUAUUUUUCGAUCAGAUAAACGUUCUUUCACGGCCGGUUUUUGGAGGCACCUCGCUGGCCAGAACGCCCCUCCGUGUCGCCAUGGCGAUUGUAGCCACAUCACUGCCGUUGUCGCGGGGACCGUCCGGACUGGAGCGGGCCUGGAACGCAGCGUCAGAACGGACGCCGGCCUUCUCUCAGGCGCGCGCGUGUGUGAAUGAACUGUCCGCUCGUUUUCGGUCUGCUCCCUGCUCUUCGCGUGUCGGCAGACACCGAGUGAUUGCCCAGGUAUUUCACGUUCCAGGUGCGUUUCCACACUCCGGCAGAUUAACGUCUCGGACUCUUCCAAGAGUCUUUGAAUUUGAGCUCAUGACUGAAAAACGCCGCUCCCAAAGUCACGCCGUUUUUUUGUAAUCGCCCCAUCCGAAGUGCUCUGCUCUCCUUCUCCAGCAUGAAAAAGGCACCGAGUGUUACUCUGAAAUUCACAUGUUUUUUUUUGUAUGCGAUUUGUACAUAAUUGCUAUGUGAGACGUGUUAACGUAGACGUAGGGUCGUACGGACGAUAAUACGGAUAUUUCCGAUGCUGAAGAGGAUACAAAUAACAAGGGAAUCUGCAGACCAAAGUCACUCGCUCUUUCUCUCAUUUUUGGAAGCGAGGGACAGGGUCAAAUGACAAAAAGUGACCGUAAGUCAACCUUCUCAUUUGAGCCUCUUUGAAGACGGUAGCCUUUGUGAUUUCCCCUUUCGUUUAUUUGUACUAUUUGGUUCACGGUUUUGAAUGUGUAUUUUAUUUGUGAGAGAAAAUUAUUGUGAUUUUUUUUGGUUUUGUUUUGUUUACAUAUUUAGGUUUCAUUUUGACCUCGUAAGUAACACUCUCUGUGGCAUAAGCUAGCGCAUAACCUUAAGUUAUGUAAUAUUGAUGUAAUAUUCACAGAAUUCAUUGUAACAGAGAAGGUUGUGUGUGAUUAAGAAAUUGUCUGUCUCUUUAUUUUUUGGAAACUUAUGAACGUCUACCGAAGGGGUUAUAGUAGUUCAUUCAUUCAAACGGGUUCUGCACCUACUGUUUCAUCUUUAGUGAUUUGGGUUUUACACAUCAGGACUUACUUUUCUUAAAGCAAUUUGAUCAGAGAAUUGAGGAAUGAUUUUUUUUACUGAAUCUGUCACACAACAUGCAUGUAUCACACAGCAAAAGCAUAGCUAAGUGUGGUUUAUGGUUUAUGGAACUUCAUUUUUUCUCAGUAAAGAUCACACUUAUUAUAUUGGUAACGCAUGAAGCAAAAAUGUGAGAGAAUUUGACAGUUCAUAUUUCAACUGCAGCAUUACAGGUAUUCAAAAAGAAUGUGUAUAAUUGUAAAACAAUUUCAUGUAAAAUGAAAAUCAAAUGUAUGGUAUGGUUAUCUGUUAACAAAAGUUUUUCUUCUGUCAUGUUGAAAUUUUAUGUGAUAUUCUCUGAAUCUCAUUACACUUUGGCAAAAUACUCAUAACUGUUCUGUGAGAGAAUUUUCUGUUUCUGGGUUGAAUUUUCCACUCCUCGUGGCCUGCUCUUUUCAAAUUGGAAGUUUUUGUUUUUGUUGUUGUUUUAUUUUGGUUUGUUUUGUUUGCUUCAAAAUGUGAAGCAAUGGAAGCAGCUGUUGCUGCUAAUUUUCGACUUGUCAACAUUCAUUCAGACGCACUAAAUAAGGAAGUACCUGCUCAAGGAUAUUUUGUAUUUUUUUUGCGAGAGGAGCUUUUAUGUUUUCCUUGUUUCUUCUCCUCCGUUUCCUUCCGUUCUCUCUGCCCUUUGUGCGGUUCGGGGGACUGUCAUUGAAAACAGCUGGCUAACACACAGCCCUUUUGCAGUGCGCAUUGAGCCCUGCUAGCUUUGUAAACGUUUGGGUGGCAACGCUGUUCGGCUCAAGGUUUUCCCUCAUUCUGUGGCAGUGCUUGUCUUGUCACAUCCCAAUGCAAGUGACUCUUUUUUUUCUAAGUAAUUUAUCUUAGCUGUCUAUUUUUUCUUAAACUAUACGGUGUUAAUUAAACACCCGUUUUCUUGUACUUUAAGGUGGUCGUUGUUUUUAUACCACCCAGACGUUACUCUUCACAGUCUUCUCUUUUGUAAUCCUGCCCAAAAGAUCCUCUUUUACCCUGUCUUAGCCCAUCCCAGCUCGUCUUGUGUGUGUCAGGAUGAAAGCCUUGCUUGGCCUCAAGGACGACUUGACAAAAGCUGAGAAAGUCUUUCCCCUGCGUGCUGGUGCACACACAAUCCCAGGCCGUAGUCUAGAACUACGUUCAUAGUCUUAACCCCUGGCGCUAGGCACGUAAGCCACGCGUGCAUCCCAGCUCUAAAGGAAAUGCAUCCUCCUGUCCUCCACUCGUCUCCUCCUCCUUUCAGAUAGGAGAAGGAGACGACUGGAGGAAAGGAGAGGAUAUAUAUAUUUUUUUUUUUAGUUUUGGGACACACCCGACGUGCAGUACGCUCUCCCCUCUUCUCCUCGACUCCAGCCUUGACUGCCGACACUUCGCCCCGUGGAUAGUUGGGGUCCCAGGGCGUCUGUUCGCUCCCUCCUAAACCAGCGUCGGCGUCUCCCUGGGAGGCCCAAUCACCAGCCUGUCCAGUAUCCAUUUCUCCCCUCCUAUUGGUCCAGAUUGCCCCAUGUGACCGGCCUGGGCCCCAGCUCUGCGUUGCAUGCAACACGCAGGGGCAGACAGAAGGACGUUCCACGGCUGGAGUUUCAAAGGUUUUCUUCUUACAGGGUCUUUUAAUUGUACGUAGUUCUGUGUGACCAAGUGUUUUUAAAUCUUCAUUUGUACGCCGUAAGCUUUUUGAGUGCUUGUGCGCGUUUACGGCUCUUGACUCAUUGGUGUUGUGUUCUCUUUGUUCUUUGAAGUCAGAAAUAAUUUGAGCGCCAUAUAAUUAAAGGGUUGCCCUUUUCUGUGUUCAAAGGAAAUGGUUUUGUAAA